AAACAACAACACUCCUGCUGCCACCAUCAACAGACAUACCCCACUUAAAGUUUUCUCUUCAAGCAUUACUAACUUUUUUCAAGAGGCCACAUGCAAAAGAGAGACUUUUUUUAUAAAAAAAACUAAAAUAAGGCGGGGUUGAAGUUAUACUUGAUAGAAGCUGAGUGUUGGCUCUAAAUGUGAUCUAAUGCAAGUUUGUUGAUCCGAAACAUGCAAGAGUCUGUCUUCCAGUUAAAGGGUAAGUUAUUUUUUGAAGCAGGAAUGCGCAAAGAUCAAAAGCUGCUCAAGUUCUUGAAUUUUCCGUAUGAGGUGUUGUGUUUAUGAGAUUGUAGUUUGUAGAGCGUCUUGUUUCAAGAUAGUAAGUUUUUUAAUCUGGGUUUUGGUUGAACAUCAAUAGCUUCAAGUAUGUUUGCAAUGUUCGUCACAUUUUUUCCUCCUUUGUUGCUUACGGAUGAGGGUUGCGUGUUGUGUGGUCUUUGGAUGCAAAAUAUGGUGUUUAGGUGUCGUUCUUGAUAGGUUUUUUCACUUCGUGCUGGUUACUGUUGAAUACCGACAGAUUUCAGAAUUUCACAUCAUGUUUUAAGAGGCCAACAUGCAAGUCAUAAUCAAGGUGAAUUCCUCGUGUACCUAUAGUGCAGUUGGUUAACCAUCAAAACAUAAAUUAGGUGCCAUUUCAUAUCUUUGUAUCUUGGGGUUUGGCUUGUUUGAUGGGGAAUUUGAGCUAUUCUGUUAGAGAUUUUUUUGUCAGGGUCUUGAUGAUUGGCAAAUGGAAUGGUGGAUAUUUGGUUCAAUUUGUGGUUCUAUCAGAUUUAUGGUGGCUAGUCUCAGGUUUAGGCUCCAUGUCUUCCAUUGCCAUUUCUUAUGGUGAGAAAGGUCCUGCCUUUUGUGGUAUAAAAUCAGAUGGGUCUCAUCUUGUGAAUUGUUAUGGUUCAAAUUCAGCUAUAAUCUAUGGAACUCCAGCUCAUUUCCCUUUUAUUGGUCUAACUGCUGGAGAUGGCUUUGUUUGCGGGCUACUGUUGGAAUCUAACCGACCGUAUUGUUGGGGAAGUAGUGGCUAUCUUCGACCAGGUGUGCCUCAGCCUAUGAUGGAAGAGGCCGAGUAUGUAGAAAUCAGUGCGGGCGAUUACCAUUUAUGUGGUUUGAGAAAGCCUUUAACAGGCAGGCGUAGAAACCUCUCUCUUGUUGACUGUUGGGGUUACAACAUGACAACGAACCAUGUGUUUGAUGGGCAGAUUCAAUCAAUCUCAGCUGGUUCUGAGUUCAAUUGUGGAUUGUUUUCGGAGAAUAGGACUGUUUUCUGUUGGGGUGAUGAGGCUAAUAGUCUUGUAAUCAGCUUGAUUCCUCAAGAAAUGAGGUUUCAAAAGAUUGCCGCUGGUGGCUAUCAUGUUUGUGGGAUUCUAGAGGGGGUGAAUUCAAGAGCCUUCUGUUGGGGAAGGAGCUUGGGCCUUGAAGAAGAGAUUUCUGUCAUAUCAGCAGCAUAUUUGAACCAAGGAAAUGUUGAUUUUCCUCCUAGUGAUCCUAUGUUGUCUGUCGUGGGAGGAAAGUUCCAUGCUUGUGGAAUCAAGAGCUAUGACCGCGAGGUGAUUUGUUGGGGCUAUAUUUUAAAGCGAAGCACUCCAACCCCGACUGCCAUUAAGGUCUAUGAAAUCGCUGCGGGAAACUACUUCACUUGUGGAAUUCUUGCCGAGAAAUCCCUCUUACCUGUUUGUUGGGGUCUUGAGUUCCCUAGCUCUCUUCCCCUAGCUGUUUCGCCUGGACUCUGUGAAACUACUCCUUGUCCUCCUGGUUCCUAUGAAUUUUUCAAUGCUAAUUCACCUUGCAAGUCUCCAGACUCUCAUGUUUGUUUGCCUUGUAGUAAUGGUUGCCCUGCUGAAAUGUACCAGAAAAUGGAAUGUACUUUGAAAUCAGAUCUUCAGUGUGAUUAUAACUGUUCAAGAUGCUAUUCAGCAGAAUGCUUCUCAAACUGUACUUCUUUAUAUUCCAAUAAUGCUAAAGGAAAGAAAAGGUUUUGGUCAUUGGAAUUGCCAUUUGUUAUUGCAGAGAUUGGCCUUGCUGUGUUCUUGGUGAUUGUUGUAACAACAUCUGCUAUUUUGUAUAUUCGCUAUAGGCUGAGGAACUGUCAAUGCUCGGCAAAACAAUUGAAGCCCAAGAAAAACAACAGCGGCGGUACUUCAGUUUCUAAAGAUAACGGGAAGAUCCGUCCUGACAUGGAUGAGAUUAAGUUAAGGAGGGCAAGGAUGUUCACUUAUGAGGAACUUGAGGGGGCCACCAGCGGAUUCAAGGAAGAAUCCAUAGUGGGAAAGGGAAGUUUCUCAUGUGUUUAUAAGGGGGUGUUAAAGAAUGGGACAGUUGUUGCGGUUAAAAAGGCUAUUGUGUGUUCUGAUAAGCAGAAAAACUCCAAAGAAUUCCACAAUGAGCUUGAUCUGCUAUCAAGGUUAAACCAUGCUCAUUUACUCAACCUGCUUGGCUAUUGUGAAGAGGGUGGAGAAAGGCUUCUGGUUUACGAAUUCAUGGCUCAUGGAUCCUUGCACCAGCAUCUUCAUGGGAAGAACCCUGCCUUAAUAGAGCAAUUGGAUUGGGUUCGAAGGGUUACCAUUGCAGUCCAAGCAGCUAGGGGAAUCGAAUACUUGCAUGGUUAUGCUUGUCCACCUGUAAUUCAUCGAGACAUCAAAUCUUCAAACAUUCUCAUUGAUGAAGAACACAAUGCCAGGGUGUCUGAUUUUGGCCUUUCUUUGUUGGGACCAGCUGAUAGUAGUUCGCCGUUGGCUGAGCUUCCUGCAGGAACUCUUGGCUAUCUUGAUCCUGAGUACUACAGGCUUCAUUACCUCACAACCAAAUCCGAUGUUUAUAGCUUUGGCGUGUUGCUUUUAGAAAUCCUCAGUAGCAGAAAGGCCAUAGAUAUGCAAUACGAAGAAGGAAAUAUAGUUGAAUGGGCAGUUCCUCUGAUCAAAGCAGGAGAUAUAUCAGCCAUAUUGGACCCAGCGUUGAAGCCUCCAUCCGAUCCCGAAGCUUUGAAAAGGAUUGCAAAUGUAGCUUGCAAGUGUGUUAGAAUGAGGGGGAAGGAAAGGCCAUCCAUGGAUAAAGUAACAACAGCUUUAGAACGUGCCCUUGCACAGUUGAUGGGCAGCCCAUGCAAUGACCAACCAAUAUUGCCGACCGAAGUUAUUCUUGGAAGCAGUAGAAUGCACAAGAAAUCCUCACAGAGAUCUUCAAACCAAUCAGCAGUCUCAGAAACUGAUGUCGUCGAAGGCGAAGACCAAAGGAUCGAGUUUCGUGCACCUUCAUGGAUAACUUUUCCAAGCGUUACUUCCUCCCAAGGGAGAAAGUCAUCAGCCUCGGAUGCAGAUGUCGAUGGUAAAUCCUCAGCAAGAAAUUUAGGCUAUGUUGCAAAUGCAGGGGAUGCGCUGAGGAGUUUGGAGGAAGAGAUUGGACCUGCUUCGCCUCAAGAAAGAUUGUUCUUGCAGCAUAACUUCUGAAACAUUUUGAGUUCUUGGGUGUGAUUUGUUCUUGUUGAAUGAAGAGUUUAACAUCUGUAACAGUAGUGCUAUCAUGAGCACUACUACAUCCUAUCACACCCAUAG